AUGACAGGAGGCUUGAAUGGUGGGGUUCAUGUCACUGAUGUCUCAACUGCAUCUAGAACAAUGCUCAUGAAUCUCAAAUCCCUUGAUAGGGAUAAACCCACAUUAGAUACCCUAACCAUUCCUGCUGAAAUUUUGCCCAAGAUUGUUAGUAAUUCUGAGAUUAUUGGAAUGGUCGGAAAAGGAUGGUACAUUCUUGGGCUCCCAAUUUUUGGAUGCCUUGAUGACCAGAAUGCUACAAUGCAGGGCCAAGCUUGCCGAAAAGGUGAGGCCAAAAGCACAUAUGGGACUCGGGCUUUCAUACUUCUCAAUACAGCUCCAACCAACUAUGCUCUAGAGGGCUCUGUUGCAAUUGCGGGAGCUGCAGUUCAGCAGCUCAGAGACAGACUUGGUAUGAUAAGCAUUGCAAAUGCUCUAAGUACUUCAUGCUCUUCAAAGAAGGAAGAGAUCCUGAAAGAGCGUUUUGAGAAACAUCAAGAAACUCCAAGCUCUGCAAUUGAGAAAUCUCAGGUGUUGUUGCUCACAUCCAACUCCCACAACCAAGAGCUUCUGGAGAUUACAUUUGACAAAGUUCCCGUGAAUUGA